CUUUUCUAUCACGCGCAUCCUGUGUCAAUACGCCACAUUUUGAGACGCUUUCUCUGACAACCGUGCGCCCGAGCAGACGAUAGAAUGGCGGUUUGGAGUUGGCCAUUUCUGGCCCUGCUAUGUCUUGGUAACGUUAAGUUUCAUGCUACGGAACAAUCGGGGAGGGAGAAACGCCAGGUAUCGUACCCCCAGAUUUACCAGACCGUCAAAGAGUGCAUAGAGGAGGCAAACAAUGAGCUGGCCAUCCAGAAGCAGAUAGACAAAUACAUGAUGGACACGGGUGUGGACCAUCAUGUACGGGACGGAGGAGUGAGUUACCUGUCCCACCUUGGUCGCUUCUUGUACACCAAGAAUGCGGAGAAGGUUAACACGCUAUCAGACAAAGCCUGGGUCACCGUGGCAGCCACCAAGAAACUACUCAGAAGGACUGGAAUGACACUUCCCCAACUGAAGAGCCACCCCGGUUUUUUGGACGCGUGGAGGAGGCAGGUGUCCCAGUCCUGUCCGUUCGUGGAGCCGCGGUGUGACCCCAGCGUCAUAUACCGCACGGCGGACGGUUCCUGUAACAACUUAAACCACUCCUCCGUGGGGGCCGCUUACACCCGCCAGCGAAGGAUGAUGGACAACUCUUACGAAGACGGAAUAAACCAGCCACGACAGGUCAGUUGUAAGGGCGGACCCCUGCCAAGUCCGCGCACGAUUAGUAAUAUCAUCCAUAAAUCCGGCCAUUGCUCCCUUCCUAGCAGACGACUCACGGUUCUCGCCAUGCAGUUUGGUCAGUUCAUUGAACAUGACGUCAUAUCUACACCCCUUCAAAGAGGAUUCAAUAGCUCAGAUAUUAUGUGUUGUGGACUUCCGGAAGAAAUUCUAAAAAAGAGGUCUCAGUGUUUCCCCAUCACUAUCCCGGAUGGCGACCCCCGAUUUAAGGAGCACUGUAUGUCCUUUGUGAGGGCCACGCCAGGCUUGGAUAAAAACUGUGACAUGGGUGUGAGGUCGCCGAUGAACCAGGCGACGUCUUACCUGGACGGUUCACAGAUCUAUGGCGUCGACGUGGACGAGCAACUCAAGCUCAGAGCUGGUGUUGGGGGAUUAAUGAAGAUGACCCCUCUUGGUUUACCUCCACCCACUGAAGAUCCAAUCUGUAUCCAGGAGGAGCCAGGCGACUACUGCUUCGGCACAGGUGAUUUUCGGGUUAAUCACGUUCCCGGUUUGACUGUUAUGCACACCAUUUUCCUGAGACAACACAAUAGAAUAGCCACUGGGUUGGCUCUCCUUAAUCUGCACUGGGACGAUGAACGAAUUUUUCAAGAAACAAGAAAGAUAAUCAUUGGAUGUCUUCAGCAUCUUGUAUAUAAUAGCCUCCUCCCAACCAUUCUACGGAAUGAAGAUAUGGACAGAUAUGGGCUCUGGUCUUCAGACUACGGCUACAGCAGCUCGUAUAACCCGAACGAGGACGUCUCCAUCAUGAUGGGAUUCUCGGCGGCGGCCAUGAGGUUUCCCCACACCAGGAUUCCAAACGUCCAGUCGAUGGUGAACAAGGAUUAUACCGUUAGACAGGACGCCCCGAUCUUUGAAACCUUCGACAAACCAAAGUUUGUGCUGCAGCACCUCGGUAAAGCUCUGGCGGAUUUUGGUAGGUGGCUGGUCUCAUUUCCAGUCAUGGAAGACGAUCGCUUUGUGGAAGACGGUGUGAGAGACUUCCUGUUCCUGGACGAUAAAGGUGAAAGCUUUGACCUGAUAGCCUUGAACCUUCAGCGAGCUCGGGAGCAGGGGAUCCCUCCCUAUAACCAGUGGAGAAGGUUAUGUGGGCUGAAACCAGCGCUUUAUUUCUCCACUGGACCCGGAGGCUUAGUGGAUCACGAACCCGAUGUUGUUAAAUUGUUGUCAUCGGUAUAUAAACAUCCGGAUGACAUUGAUCUGUUCAGCGGAGGAUUAUCAGAAAAGAUCCCGGUAGGGGCUGCCACUGGACCUACUUUUGCUUGUAUCAUAGCAACGCAAUUCAAGAAUGUUAAAGUCGCUGAUCGGUUCUGGUAUGAAAACUACAACCCAUACACUGGCUUUACUCCAAACCAACUGAAUGAAAUAAAAAAAACCUCAUUAGCAAAAAUAAUGUGUGAAAACCUAGAUAUCCAAUACAUACAGAGAGAUCCAUUAUCCUUUGUUUCCGAAAAGAAUCCAAGGGUUUCCUGUCAGUCACUUCCGGGCAUUGAUCUUCAGUACUGGCAAGAGAAGAUGAAAGCCCGUGAAGUCAUACAGCUCACACCUUCAACUUACCUGACGGCCCUCAAGUCGGCGAAUGUCAUGAGGCCUUCCCCUGGGGUUGUAGCCGCCCUUUUUCUGACCUUAUGGGCUGUGUUGGGUGUGGUUGAAUCACAUAAAUAUGACACCCUCAUCUCUACCUCCGACAUGAUCACAAAAUGUAUCAAAAAAGCUGUGAACCACAUCGAAGCUCAAAAAGCGCUUGAGAAAAAGUACUACCUGCAAGGAACUGACUGGUUUCCCGACAAUGGCGCGUUUAGCUGGCAUCACUCAAAAUUCAUGGGAUUUGAAGACCCCGGCAAAAUUCAUGUUAUGAACAAAAAAGCGUCCAUUGUUUUAAAAGCCAUUAGCUACUUCCAAAAGCUAUCAGGCAUUCCCCUGAAUGAGCUGAAGCAAGACAGCGGUCUCCUGAAGGUGUGGAGAAAUGUGAUAUCGCCGCACUGUAAUUGUCCCCAACCCAACUGUAACCAAAGGGAACGUUACCGCUCCCCAGACGGCAAAUGUAACAACGUGAAGCAUCCUAAAUGGGGGUCCACCUUCACCCCACAGCACCGCUACCUCCCGCCGGCUUAUCACGACGGUGUUAACACUCCUCGCAUUAAGAGCGUGACAGGAGAAGCGUUACCGAGUGCACGUCACAUAAGUAACGUCAUUCACAAAGCAGACAAAUGCCGGUCGUCUGGGCAGUUUCUGACCAUGAUGUUCAUGUCUUGGGGUCAAUUUCUGGAUCACGAUUUCAUUGGCACGCCGAUGAACAAAGGCUUUAAUGACUCCACAAUUACUUGUUGCAAGUUGAGUCCUACAACACUGGUACAAAGAGAGUCCUGCUUUCCAAUCCGGAUACCUGACGAUGACACGUUUUUCUCGGACAAGUGUAUGGAGUUUGUCCGAUCGGCCGCGGCACCGGAAGACGGCUGUGUUCCAGAAUGGAGGAACCAGAUCAAUCAGCAUACCUCCUUCAUUGACGGUUCCAUGGUGUACGGGGCCACAGCCAAGGACGCCAGAAACCUACGUGCUGGGUACAAAGGUCUGUUGAGAGUGACAGACGACGGAAUGCUACCACAAACCAAUAAAAGCGACUGCAUAGUGAAGAAGCCGUCGGAAUAUUGUUUUUAUGCAGGUGACAAAAGAAGUAUGGUGGCCCCAUCGCUGACAUAUUUACAUCUAUUGUUUGUCCGUGAACAUAACAGAAUAGCCCGUGGUCUCUCCGCGGUCAACCCCCACUGGUGUGAUGAAACAUUAUAUCAGGAGACUCGAAAAAUUAUCAUUGCUGCCAUCCAGCAUAUAACAUAUACCGAGUACUUACCUCUGCUCCUACCGAGGGACAUUCGAUCCAAAUAUUUUCUCCACUCGAAGAGAAAAGGCCAUGACACCGUUUAUGACCCAAGCGUUAAUCCGUCCAUCUCAAAUGUGUUCGGUGUGGCUGCAUUCAGGUUUGGUCACUCACAGGUUCCAAAUAACCAGGUGUUGUAUUCCCCCUCUCACAAGCCAAUUCAAAUCGUUCCCAUUGAGAAAACUUUUAACAGGCCCGAGCUGAUCUUGACCAAAGAUCGUCACGGCCGAGGCUUCGACGGACUCGGUCGAUGGAUGAUUGGCGAUUUCAUGGCAGCAGACGACAAAUGUUUUGAUGAUGGCGUCAGGAAUAAGCUGUUCUUAGAUAAAAAACAAAAAAGUUUCGAUCUGGCAGCUCUGAACAUCCAACGAGGGCGGGAUCAUGGAAUCCCAGGGUAUAAUGCUUGGAGGAAGUUUUGUGGGUUGAAACCGGUGGUUCAUUUUAGCUCUGGUCCUGGAGGUAUGGUUGAUCACGAUCCAGAGGACGCUACCUUAUUAAAAUCUUUAUACAGACAUCCAGACGACAUGGAUCUGUAUCCAGCUGCCUUAUCAGAGCGCCAUCUACCGGGGGGACUUGUCGGGCCGACAUUUGCCUGUCUUAUUGCAAAACAGUUCUACCACCUUAAAGCUGGCGACAGAUUCUGGUACGAAAAUAAGUUCUUAUCAAUAGGAUUCCAGGAAGAUCAGCUAAACGAAAUAAAGAGACUAAGACUGUCACGUAUCGUGUGUGAUAAUACACAGGUGUCGGAGGUACAAACCUAUGUAUUUCAGCCUUCAGGAUCUAGCAAUGAUGUUUAUCCAUGUCGAGAUCGACGAUUUUCUCUUAAUUUGGAACUUUGGCGGGAAAAUUCAAAAGGCGCCAAGAACAUGCAUCACGGAUACAAUGUUGGACGGAAGACUCCCCAUCACAUUAACUUAUCAUAUUAAAAUUUCCUACGGUGACCGAAGGUUUUGUUAACAUUAUUUAUUUAUUUUUAUCCAAGAUAAAGAAUCUUUUUGUUGUUCUGUUUUUGUUUUUAUUUGUCCAAAAAAAGAUAAACAA